GUCAAUACAUACCCUUCACUUAAACUUGCCCAGAGCUUCGGAGCGCCGUCAGAAAGGGGCGCUGCGUCAUCGGCAGAGGUUCCCCCCUCCCUCCGCGACGCAGCGGCGGUGCGCGAGGAAAUGAAGAGGAGGCUGCAGAAGAAGUACCUGAUUCUGAUCCUGGGAUACUCGGUGCUGCUUCUGCUCAUCCCCUACAUGUUGGAUUACCGCGGCAGGGCGAGCGAGGAUGAGAGGCGCGGGCCGCCGCCGCAGCAGAAGGAGCAGCAGCAGCAGCGGUGCCCCGAUCUGGUGGAGCGCAGCAUGUCGCUGUGGGGCGGCGUGCUGGACAACAAGGCGAGCAACGGCACGGAGGCGGCGGAGGAAGAGCCCGGCGUCGCCGCGAACCUCUCCCGGACGCACGUGUACCUGCACGCGACGUGGCGCACGGGCUCCUCCUUCCUCGGGGAGCUCUUCAACCAGCACCCCGACGUGUUCUACCUGUACGAGCCCAUGUGGAAUAUGUGGCAGGCGCUGUACCCGGGCGACGCGGGCAGCCUGCAGGGCGCCGUGCGCGACAUGAUGAGCUCGCUCUUCCGCUGCGACUUCUCCGUGCUCAAGCUGUACGCGGGCAGCGCCAACGUGAGCACCUCGCACAUCUUCGGCUGGAAGACCAACAAGGUGAUCUGCUCGGAGCCGCUGUGCGGCGCCUACCGCCGCCACGAGGUGGGCAUGGUGAGGGGCGACGUGUGCGACAAGUGCGAGCCGCGGCACAUCCGAGAGCUGGAGCGCGAGUGCAGGAAGUACCCGGUGGUGGUGAUCAAAGACGUGCGCGUGAUGGACCUGGGCGUGCUCGUGCCGCUCAUGAGGGACCCGCGGCUCAACCUGCGCGUCGUGCAGCUGUUCCGCGACCCGCGCGCCGUGCACAACUCGCGCCUCAAGUCCAAGCUGGCGCUCGUGAAGGAGAGCAUCCAGGUGCUGCGCAGCCGGCGGCAGACGGACAAGUACAAGCGGCUGCUCAUGCCCAACAGCAGGGCCAACAGGGCCGAGAGCUACGUGUCCAACGCCAUGGAGCUCAUCUGCGACAACUGGCUCGGCGACAUGCUGCUGGUGGCGAGCGCGCCGCCCUGGCUGCGGAGGAGCUACGCGGGGAUCCGCUACGAGGACCUGGUGCUGCGGCCCGUGGACGAGCUGCGGCGGCUCUACCGCUUCGCCCGGCUCGGCCCGUCGGCAGCCCUCGAGAGCUUCGUGCUCAACAUGACCCGCGGCGAGGGCUACUCCUCCGACAAGCCCUUCCUCAUCUCGGCGCGCGACGCCAAGGAGGCCAUCCACGCCUGGAGGGAGCGGCUGAGCGUGGAGCAGGAACGCGCUGCACAUGAGGACUGCAGGGGGCGCCACUUGGGGGUAGGCUGCUGCUGCGUCGGUCCCGCUUUCUGGAGCGUUGGCACCCCCGUGUUGCCAAGGAGGAACAGCCGACACAUGCAUCCGACAGCUUGGAAAGACUCAGCGACGCGUGUGUGUAUAUAUGUACAAUUGGAAAGGUAUAGGAGUUCCUCUCCAUCCCUGACCAGGCUUCUCUAAUGUGGGGGGUGGUGGUGGCGAACGCCACCACUCAGUCACUGCAGCCCAAUGCUAACAGCUAGCCUAGCAUCCAGAUUCCACUAGCACUCACAGCUCAUGGUGCUCUUUAGACGGACUUCGACGGACAGUUACCCCCUCCGGGGCACUUUAGCCCCCAUCCUGCACACCUCAGCUCUCACCAGCGGGAACGACAGCAUCCUCCCACGGGAACCGCGAGCAGGCACAUGCCCACCGGUGUGACCCCCCACCUUCGGAACAUUCCAGAAUCGAUAUCAUAUCGCACGAUAUCGCAUGACAAUGAAGUCACAGGUUUUUCCACUGUGCCGACAGGUACGGCCAAUGACGACGUCCACUAAAUAGCCUCUUCUUAGAGGACUAAUCCGCUUAGAAAGAAAAAGAACACUACAGAAUACAGUUACUCCGAUUGCACCAUUUUAAGGGGAAAAAACAAGGUAUUGAAUAUCUGCUCUUGAACAGCAGGACACGGCCCUGCCCUCUUCACAAUAUCGCCGCGGUAUUAACCAGUAUGGUACUGAGUGCACUAACUGUGUUCCCCCUCUAGCAGACCUGUACAAACACCUUAUCUUCUUUAAACAAAAACGUCCAAGUGUGUGUUUGUAUGUGUAUUAAAAAAAGAAAGAAAAAAAAAACCCCU